AUGGCAACAGAAGCUGCCCCGGGGAUAAUCCCUUCGACAAAGGAGAAGUAUAGUGGCGUGCCUGUGCGACUGGAGCGGGAGGCCCAAGUUGUACGAGAUAGCCUACUGUCAAACCGUACGCUACCGGUUAGCCGUCCGAGGAAGAACCCAAUACGCCUUCCACCAGAUGUGUCCCUAGAGGAUUUUGAAGCAGCUAUCAAGGAGCUGAAAGGCGCAAUAGGAGACGAAAAUGUCGAAGUCAAUGAUAAACCAUUGGUGGAUGGAUGGUAUAUGCAGCAUCCAAAUACCCACGAUGCUUUUCAUAUCACGGACCAGGAAGAACUUGUCAGCAGUGCAGCCGUGUAUCCCGGAUCAACCGAGCAAGUCCAGACUACGGUACGUUGGGCAAAUAAAUUCGGCAUCCCGAUUUAUCCCAUCUCCAUUGGCAGGAACUUAGGCUAUGGCGGGGCGGCGCCCCGAGUCCCAGGAGGUGUAGUCGUUGAUCUCGGCAGGCGGAUGCAUGAGAUUCUGAAUAUCGAUGCUGAGAACGCGAGUUGUCUCCUCGAGCCUGGAGUAACAUAUUUUCGACUUUACGAGGAAAUUCAGAAUAGAAAACUUCCUUUAUGGAUCGAUACACCUGAUCUAGGCGGUGGUAGCGUAUUGGGUAAUGCGAUUGACCGCGGUGUUGGGUACACACCGUAUGGCGAUCAUUUCGCAAACCGCUGCGGCAUGGAAGUUGUCCUGCCUAAUGGCGAGUUACUGCGGACGGGUAUGGGAGCUCUGCCGGGUCCAAACGGGGCAGACAAUCCUACUUGGCAGUCAUUUCAACAUGCCUUCGGCCCAUCGAUCGAUGGUAUAUUCUCUCAGAGCAACUUCGGCAUCGUGACUAAGAUGGGAAUGCAAUUGAUGCCAGAGACAGAACACCAGUCCUACUGCUUCACAUUCCCGCGCGAUGAUGAUUUUGAUCAGAUCGUUGAUCUCAUUCGGCCGUUGGCGCAGAAGGGUGUAGUAGGGAAUAUUCCGCAGCUGCGUCAUGUAAUCCAGGAGCUCAAUGUCACCAGUCGGCGGAGGUCAGAUUUCCACGAUGGCUCUGGCCCCAUGACGCGUGAAGAGAUUCGAUCUGCGGCUGCUGAAUUGCCCUUAGGCGACUGUUCCUGGGUCUUCUAUGGAACGCAAUAUGGUCCAUCCGCAUCCAUCGCAGCACAACUGGAAGUUAUCAAGGCUGCAUUUUUCAAGAUCCCUGGCUCCAAGUUCUUCUUACCAUCUGAUCUGCCGUCUGAUCAUUAUUUGCACGACCGCUCAUUAGUCUGCAGUGGUGUUCCUGUCCUCCGUGAGCUCCAUUGGCUAAACUGGCUACCGAAUAGCGGCCAUCUAUUCUUUAGCCCGAUAGCUCCAACGCGUGGCAAAGAUGCGCGUACUAUUCACGACAUAAUUGUCAAGGCGCAUGAACGUCAUGGCUUCGAUCUAUUUCCUACGCUUUGCGUGGCAGGUCGUGAGAUACAUUACAUUACCAACAUAAUAUAUGACAGAGCCGAUGAGGAUAUGAAGGCAUCCGCUAUUAAACUCAUGAGAGAAAUGAUAAAGGAAUGCGCAGAAAAGGGGUUUGGUGAGUAUCGCACACAUCUCCUUUUCGCCGAUCAAGUAGCCGGGACAUAUAAUUGGAACAAUUCGGCGUUUAUGCGCUUCAAUGAGACAAUCAAGGAUGUAUUAGACCCGAAUGGGAUUCUAGCCCCGGGUCGAAACGGGAUUUGGCCCAAGAGAUUCAGAGGAAAAGGAUGGGAACUGAAGAUUGAUGAUAUUGAUCUGUUAUCCAUUGGACCACGUCCCGAAAAAUAG